CCACAGAGAUGAGUGGCGGGCGAGAGCGGCCCCUUCCACGCGACUCGCGCCUAGCGGCUCUUGCUGGAGGGGAGGAAACCUUGCAGCCGCUGCGGUGGCCACUAGCCAGCCAGCUGUUUCGGCAGUUCGCCGUGCUACCCAAAUUAUGUUGGACCCUGAGCGCCUCAGAAUCACAUGCCUUAAAUGAGAUCAUGUUCCUCUGUGCCCUUCGAGUCCUUCCUGCUACAGAAAUGCCCUCUAAGCUUUGGUACACACGAAUGUUCACAACCCACUGCAAUGCAGCCUCGGAGGCAAAACAGACCCUGCGAGUGUGGGUGGCAGAACUGCGUUCUAGCUCCCCUCUCCCUGGCCAGCUCUUCUACCUGCAGCUUGUGGAGUCGCCACGUCUGGACACAAAGCAAAGACUGCACUGAUAAUUCUUGCGUCACCACACUAAUAAAAGUAAAUGCUAACGUUUCCCAUAUCUGUACCACUUCUCAGCUGGCACUCUCAAAACAUUUUGCAUGGUACUGGCUAUCUUAAUAAGACCUCACCUUCCUUUGGGAGAGGGGAGGGAGCACUGGCAGUUGCUGGGUAAUUUGAAGACUACUGUGGAGGGUUUAGUAUCAGCCAAUAGCCCCAACGUCUGGUCCAAGUAUGGUGGCCUGGAAAGGCUUUGUAGGGACAUGCAGAGCAUCCUCUAUCAUGGGCUCAUCCAUGACCAGGUGUGUUGCCGCCAGACUGACUACUGGCAAUUUGUGAAAGACAUCCGCUGGCUCAGCCCCCACUCAGCCCUUCACGUGGAAAAGUUCAUCAACUUGCAUGAGAGCAGCCAGAGCAGCACUGAUGGCGUGAGCGAGCGUGCCGUGGCAGAGCUGUGGCUGCAGCAUAGUUUGCAGUGCCAUUGUCUCUCAGCCCAGCUCCGACCUCUACUGGGGGAUAGACAGUAUAUCAGAAAAUUCUACACAGAUACUGCUUUCCUGCUAAGCGACGCCCAUGUCACAGCCAUGCUCCAGUGCCUAGAAGCAGUGGAACAGAACAACCCUCGUCUCCUGGCUCAGAUUGAUGCAUCUAUGUUUGCCAGAAAGCAUGAGAGCCCGCUGCUGGUGACAAAGAGCCAGAGCCUGACAGCUCUGCCUGGUUCAACAUACACCCCUUCAACCAGCUAUGCUCAGCAUUCCUACUUUGGAUCCUUCUCUAGCCACCAGCAGUCUAUACCCACUCACAGCUCAGAAAGAAGAUCUACUUCCUUUUCACUGUCUGGCCCUCCUCGGAAGCCUCAAGAAAGCAGAGGGCAUGUCUCAUCAGCAGAGGAUCAAACCAUCCAAGCUCCUGUGCUUCCAGCAUCUGCAUUAGCCAGGGACUCCCCCUCAACCCCAAAUGAGAUGAGCUCCAGUACUCUGACCAGCCCCUUAGAAGCAUCCUGGGUCAGCAGCCAGAAUGAUUCCCCAAGUGAUGCCAGUGAGGGGCCUGAGUACUUGGCCAUUGGCAACCUGGACCCCCGCGGCCGGACUGCCAGCUGUCAGAGUCACAACAGCAAUGCUGAGAGCAGCAGUUCCAAUUUGUUCUCCUCCAGCAGCUCCCAGAAGCCAGAUUCUGCUGCUUCCUCCCUAGGGGACCAAGAGGGAGGUGGGCAGAGCCAGCUGUCCGGUGUCCUUCGCAGGUCUAGCUUCUCCGAGGGGCAAACACUCACUGUCACCGGUGGGGCAAAGAAGAGCCAUACUCGCUCCCAUUCAGAUACCAACAUUGCCUCCAGAGGAGCUCCAGAAUCCUGCAGUGAUAAGUCGAAGUUGAGAGGCCCCUUGUCCUACUCUGGUCAAAGCAGUGAAGUCAGCUCUCCCAGCUCUCUGUACAUGGAGUAUGAGGGCAGUCAGUACCUGGGCUCGGGGGAAGGCAUGUUCAGAAGACCAUCAGAAGGACAGUCCCUCAUCAGCUACCUCUCUGAGCAAGACUUUGGCAGCUGUGCAGACCUUGAAAAGGAGAAUGCCCACUUCAGUAUCUCAGAGUCUUUGAUUGCUGCCAUUGAGCUGAUGAAGUGCAACAUGAUGAGCCAGUGCCUAGAGGAGGAGGAAGGGGAGGAGGACAGUGACAGGGAGAUCCAGGAACUGAAGCAGAAGAUCCGCCUUCGUCGCCAGGAGAUCCGCACCAAGAAUCUGCUCCCUGUGUACCAGGAGACUGAGCACGGAAGCUUUCGCGUCACUUCCAGCAGCUCCCAGUUCAGUUCACGUGAUUCAGCACAGUUCUCUGACUCUGGUUCUGCUGAUGAAGUUGAUGAAUUUGAAAUCGAAGAUGGUAGUGAAGGAUCUAACCUGACUCAUAUGUCAAAGAAUGGACUCUCCUUGUCAGUGGUCUCCCUGCUUUCAGAUGCAGACAUCAGAAGGAGCACCCCCUCAAACAGCAAAUCCUUCAUUUCCUCUCAGUCCUUCUCCCACUGCUUCCUCCACUCUACAUCUGCUGAGGCAGUGGCCAUGGGGCUCCUGAAGCAAUUUGAGGGGAUGCAGCUCCCAGCCGCCUCGGAGCUAGAGUGGCUCGUUCCAGAGCACGACGCCCCUCAGAAGCUCCUGCCCAUCCCCGACUCCCUGCCCAUCUCGCCAGAUGAUGGGCAGCAUGCUGACAUCUACAAGCUGCGUAUUCGUGUUCGUGGCAACCUGGAGUGGGCCCCACCCCGGCCUCAGAUAAUUUUUAAUGUUCAUCCAGCCCCAACGAGGAAGAUCGCUGUGGCCAAGCAGAAUUACCGCUGUGCAGGUUGUGGCAUCCGGACUGAUCCUGAUUAUAUCAAGCGGCUGCGGUACUGUGAGUACUUGGGCAAGUACUUCUGUCAGUGCUGCCACGAGAAUGCCCAGAUGGUUAUCCCCAGCCGGGUUCUGCGCAAGUGGGACUUCAGCAAGUACUAUGUCAGCAAUUUCUCCAAGGAUCUGCUCAUUAAGAUCUGGAAUGACCCUCUCUUCAAUGUGCAGGACAUCAACAGUGCUCUCUAUAGGAAGGUCAAGCUGCUCAAUCAAGUCCGGCUGCUGCGGAUCCAGCUGUAUCACAUGAAGAACAUGUUUAAGACAUGCCGACUGGCCAAAGAGCUUCUGGAUUCCUUUGACACAGUUCCAGGCCACCUGACAGAGGAUCUCCACCUGUACUCACUGAACGACCUGACUGCAACCAGGAAGGGGGACCUGGGACCCCGGCUUGCUGAGCUCACCAGGGCGGGGGCUGCCCAUGUAGAGCGAUGCAUGCUCUGCCAAGCCAAGGGCUUCAUCUGUGAGUUCUGUCAGAAUGAGGAUGACAUCAUCUUUCCCUUUGAGCUCCAAAAGUGCCGGACCUGUGAAGAGUGUAAAGCGUGUUACCAUAAAGCUUGUUUCAAGUCUGGAAACUGUCCCCGGUGUGAGCGGCUGCAGGCCCGGCGGGAGCUGCUAGCCAAGCAGAGCCUGGAGUCCUACCUGUCGGACUACGAGGAGGAACCCACCGAAGCCCUGGCCGUGGAGGCCACUGUCCUGGAGACCACCUGAAGGAAGCACGUAAAGCGCUCUUUCUAGGGGCUAGGUCACUUGUAGUGCAGAACUGAGCCACCCUUUUAAGGACUUUCCCCACUGUUGUUUUUUUUUUAUUAUUAUUAUCAUUAUUAAUUUUUAUGACUUGUCUAAUGUCCAUGUAUAGUCAACCUUUGUUAGGUUGGUGGGGACCAGUCUGUUGUGACAGUUUGUAGGUACCAGGUAUUUCCAUCAGAACUGACACAUGGGUCCUUAAGUGAAGCUUCUAGUGCCUCUGUCAGGGGAAUGGACAGUGAAACCCAAUUCUUCUGACAUCCAUGGCCAUCUCCACUUGGACCAGAUCUGGUUUCAGCUGCAUCUCAAGUAUCAUUUCCAGUUUUAUUUUGUUUUCAUUCUGGAGCUUCUGAGCCAGGCCUUUCUCAGCGAACUCACUUCUCCUUUGCUGCUAAAACAGGAGGGUGGGGUUUUCUGUCUCCAAUCCUGGAAUAGGGUCAGAGUGUGCCCUGAGGAGAAGCAGCAGAGAAUGAGACUGCAUCACGGGCAUUUUUUAUUUAGGUAUUUUUGAGGCCAUAAAAACAGAAUCUUCAGAGGCCUCAAAGAGGCAGUCAUGACUUCCUUGUUUAAAAUAUUCUAGGCAUAGACGAUGUCACAGGCUGACUUUCUUUAUCUACCCUGGUGAACUUGACGCAAAAAGCAGAACUGAUACUUAGGCCAGGCCUGUUUGUAGCCUUACAUCAAGCAUAAGAGAGGCUACAGCUCUGUUGUUUAAGGAGCGUUUAUUCAGUCUGAGGAGCUGGUGGCCUCCUCCUGGGUGAUCAGGGCCCUUUUAGUCAACAUAGCUCUGGUACAAGUUUGAUCCUUCAAACUCAGGCAAGUCCCUGAUGCCAUCCUAAAUUGAUGACCGAACCUCAUCCACUGUCUUGUCAGUGGGUCUCUUGGCAUUGUGUCCUGUGUUAGGUGUCAUUGUGGUUCUGAGUAGAAGUCUGGUCUGACUCCAUGUUCUUGUUCCCCUCCUGCAGCAGAGCUGGGACCCUCCCUGGUAGCUGAUCUCUUGCCUUAGUUUCUUUUGUCAAGAUUGAAGAAAAAGUUUCCUGGUACUAGUGGCAUUAGGCAACUGGAGGGUUUGUAGAUGUGAAGGUGAAUACUCCUGUGUUCUUGGGAUAACAAGGGCCUUUAUGCCAAUUAUGCACUUAACUCUUUAGUCUGGUGAUAUUAAUAUGUUGUUAUCCUUUUCUCAUUACUAAUUUUAACACACACACACCCUUUCUUCAUGUAUGUUUUUGAUGGGACCGCGUAUAUGUUUGUGAUGUUCUUUAAGUUGCUGAAUCUCCUGAUCUGUGUGUAAAACACUGGUCAGGGGCACUGCUCUGAGGGCUGGCAUCUCUGUGAGCUAAAACCCACAGCAUUUUUGUUUUGAGACUGACUUCUUCCUGUUACUUGCCUUUCCAUAGCAGGUUUUUAGCAGAAAACACUUGCUGUGGGUGCUGCCCUGGGAAGCUGAACAGAAAGUUGCACAUGGUUGGUGGAAGCUGACGAGUGCCCGAGUUAGAGGCAACCAGGAGUCUCACAGGAGGUAGAAGGGGCAGUCAGGUCACGUCCAGAGCUGAGGCUCCACCGGAGCAAGAGGGAGCAGGGAGGAAAUGACCUAUGGAGUUGAACCCUCCGCCUCAAACUUGGGCUCUGAAGGCUAUUUCAGGCUAAAGACCCUGAAGCUGUUCUCCCUUCAGCUCAUGGGGUGGUGAUGUCAAAGCCAAGGCCUCCAGCACAGCCCAGUUUCAAAGAGCGAUCUGGAAGCUCCCUUGUCUUUCAGGGAGCUUUGGGACCCUAUGAAACUCAAGUCUCACUGAGGGCUGGCCCUCAAAUUCAGACUAAGGGGUUUGUGAAAAGAGUGAACUCUACUUCCAAAUUUGGUUUAAAUUAUAAAUCCAACUCCUUACUCCAAGUCACUACACUGGAGGAGAGACGUACUCUCGUUACUGCCGGGUGUGUUUCCUGUAGCACAGGCUCAGAGGAUGGACAAUGCUGACACUUUCUAAAGCUGAGCUCAACAAUCUCACAUGCUUCCGGUUUCUUACUUAUUUUUCCCCACCUCCUCCGCUCUGUCCCUUUAGAUUGCAUAUCUGUUUUAGUGACUGUGACACUCUACUGUCACCACUGUCCAAAUACCCAUUAAUUUAUUUAUUUGAGGAUAAGGGGUGAGAGGAAAGAAGAUGGGAUCUUUUGAAAGCACUUUGCAACUUACCAGUAUCUGAAAAUCCCUGAUGUCGUGGGGAGAAGCUUUGAAUGCACUGAAGAGUGUUCCUCUGAGUGAAAUGGGAGGGAAGAAGUGUUCUUUUCUAUAAAUAAAGGGAAAAAAAGUUUACUUAUAAGGUGGAGACAAGAGUCAAGAUAUAGCAGAAGAGUGGAGGGCAUAUAUUUUCCACUUAUAUGAGGCUGUUACUGACUUUCUCUGCCAAGGCUUUAGAGCUUUCUUUGAAUUAACGUAAAAGGAGCAAGAGUCUAAAGAGAGAUGUUCUUAUGUGUGUACAACUCAUGUUCCAAAGUGGGUUUCUACUUGCUGUAAUUCAUACACAGCCUAACAGGUCAGUGUCCUCUUUAAUAAACUAAGGAAAUAAAAUUCUGCUUUUUA